CCUUCCGGCUGCUUAUAAAUAUGCCGGCAGAGGCUGCCCUCAGGCCACACAUCUCCUCUUGCCUCGUUUAAUCCUCCGAUCUGUGAUCACUCCUGCAACUGCGAUGGAUCCUCAGGACUGCGCUUGCGCCACUGGUGGCUCUUGUUCCUGUGCCGGCUCCUGCAAAUGCAAAAAUUGCAAAUGCACUUCAUGCAAAAAAAGCUGCUGCUCUUGUUGCCCAGCUGGAUGCGCCAAAUGUGCUAAGAAUUGUGUCUGCAAAGAGCCACUGUCGGAUAAAUGCAGCUGCUGCACCUAAAAAUGCCGUUU